AGGGAGGGCGCUGCAGGCUGACGGUAAUCCCCUGCCUGAGCGCUCGAAAGUGAAACUCUUCGUUUGCCUUUCCCAGAAACCAGCCAUGGCUCAGGUUGCUCUGAGCCUGAGCAAGAGUCUCCAGGAAGAAGCCACCUGCCCCAUUUGCCUCGAGUUUUUCAGGGACCCGGUGAUCACAGACUGUAGCCACAACUUCUGCCGAGAGUGCCUAGCUCAGCACUGCAAGGAGCGGGCAGGGAACAUCUCCUGUCCACAGUGCAGGAAGAAAAUCCAGCAGAAAAACUUGCAGCCUAACCGGCAGCUGGCCAACGUGGUAGAAAUUGCCAUGAAGCUCAGCCUGGAAGUGGCCAGGAAGGCAAGAGAGAUCCUGUGUGAGAAGCACAAGGAGCCUCUGAAGCUCUUCUGCGAACCUGACCAGAGUCCCAUCUGCUUAGUGUGCAGGGAGGCUGCAGAGCACAGGGCUCAUGUCGCCGUCCCCAUAGAGGAGGCUGCCCAACACUACAAGGAGCAGCUACAGAACAGCUUGCAUUUCUUGCAGCAAGAGAGGAAAGAAUUCGACCCCAAAGGAGACGAGAAAAGCAAUGACAUGCUGAGGCGGGUGGAGUCCGAGAGGCAGGACGUGUUGUCCGAAUUUGAGCAGCUGCACCAGUUCCUGAGCGAGCAGCAGUGCCUCCUCCUGUCGCAGCUGGAAGUGAUAGAAAACGAGGUUUUAAAGAGGCAGAAUGAAUAUGUCACCAGGGUUUCGGAGAAGAAGUCCCUCCUUGCCACUCUGGUCACCGAGGUGGAGAAGAAGUGUGGCCAGCCUGCAACGGAGCUCCUCAAGGAUGUUGGCAGCACCCUGAGCAGGUGCGAGGCUGUGAAGGCUCCCACCCCAGAGCCCGUUCCCCCUGAGCUGGAGAAGAAAGUCAUCAGCUUCUCUGAAAAUCGCAUCCUGGUCACGGGCCUGCUGGCCACAUUCAAAGAGAAUCUGCAAGCCGAGAUGGAUAAAGAAAGAGCCAACGUCACUCUAGACCCAGAAACAGCAUAUCCCUUCCUUGUGCUGUCGGAGGAUGGGAAAAGCGUGAGGCUCGGACAGAAGCAGCUGGACAUACAUGACAACCCCAAGAGGUUCACUUCUAGCCCCAGUGUCCUGGGCUCCGAGGGAUUCGCAGCAGGGAGGCACUAUUGGGAGGUGGAGGUAGGCGACGGGAACUCCUGGGCUCUGGGGGUUGCCACCGAGUCUGUGAAGAGGAAAGGGCAACAAGAUCUUAUUGCGGGAGGGAUCUGGGCCCUGCGGCUGGGCUGGGACCAUCAGUACACAGCUCUCACUUUCCCCCCAACCUUGGUCUCACUGGAAGAGAAGCCCCAGACGAUCAGAGUCCACUUGGACUAUGAAGAGGGGCAGGUGACCUUCUACAACGCAGAGAACAUGGUGCAAAUCCACCAAUUCACUGCCACUUUCCACGAGAAAAUCUUCCCUUACUUUUGGCUCUGGUCACCCAACUCCCAGCUCCGUCUGCGUCCCUAAAGGGCAUCGUUGUUCUCAUAGCAUCUUGCAGAAGUAGUCCUGGACGCUUCAUCGGAGCCAGAGAGACGGGGUCUAUAGGACUGUGCCCUCAGGGGUGCUCUGCAUCUGUUUCAUGGCAAAACACACAAACUCCCUGCCUACCCCUGGGUCAUCCCCACCCAGUGCUGCCAUAACCCUGCGAAGCCCCUUGAGAGCUCUCGUGCUCCACGUUUGAAUGAGUAAGGGGAGGGCAGGAAUGACCUCAUGGCACUCUGUAGGGCACAGGAAGGAGGAAAAGCCACCUGAGACGCAGGUGGUUUGAGUAAAAGAAGUAUGGGAGGAAGUUUUGGGCAUAAAUACUGAAUAGGAACGCCAUUCUGAGAGGAGCCUGGUGGCUCGAAGACCUGGGGUUUGGUUGCUGGUUUGAAUCGUGACUUGAAUUAAGAUUGUCUGUCUCUGGGGCAGCCAAUGUGGCUUCUUUCCUAGACCCCAAAUUUGUAGCAAUUUUGACUGCCUUCUCCUUCCCUGUUUGUGCUUUUCCUCCUGGCUUGAAGCUGUAACCAAUAGUAAAUGGUGUUCAUAUGCUGGUUUCUUCCUCAAUACCUUUUGAGCAAAUCAA